GGUCGACGAAGAGAUUUUGACGAAAGACUAAGACACAGAAAAUUCUUUCGCGACACCGAGAAGUGGGAUUACGAAAUGAGAUCGAAUGGGAGAUGGGUUGUACGAUAUGUGUGUAAAAUCUUUUUACGGUAUCCAUUGGGGGAAACUCAUUUGCUACGGCCUAUCCUCCUACCAACUUGUUCGCGUACGGUUUAUACGCCAGCGUUCGUCCGCAGUAUCAGGUCGGAUCAGGAGAGAAAAAAAUGAACUGGCAAGAGCUGGCAAAAAACUGUACACAUCCUGUAACUCGGUUGUAUCAUAAAGUGCACGCAUGCAUGACUAUAUCAACAUUGAAUCGAAUGGAAUUGAUUCAUGUAUUUC